UUUUUUAAUUCAGUAGCUCCUGCUGCUGCAGGUUCAUAUGAUCACUGGUAAAGGAAACACACCCAGUUUCUACCCGCCCAGUCAGUCAGUCAGUCAGUCAGUGGUGGCCAGACAGCUCACAGCUACUCACUGGAACUGAGCGUAUCUCAUCAAGUAUUAGGAGGAACCCAGCAGCUCGUCAUCAUCAUCAUGCUGUCGAGUCUUUAGUUUUACUCACGGAAACUUGUUUUUUUUUUUCAUAUUUGUGCGUAAACUUGGAUAAGACGCUUUGGAUAAGCUGUCACCAUGGGAGGAAGACACAGAGGCGCACCUGGAUCUAACGAGGACUACUCCUUUGUCAGCCCGAUUGUGAAAUACCUCCUGUUCUUGUUUAAUUUCAUAUUCUGGAUAAUCUCUCUGGUGAUGGUGGCCAUCGGUGUAUACGCCCGCAUGAUGAAACAUGCAGAGGCGGCUAUGGCGGCUCUGUCAGUGGACCCCGCUAUAAUGCUGAUGGUCGUGGGGGUCCUCAUGUUCAUCAUCACCUUCUGUGGCUGCGUGGGCUCCUUGCGAGAAAACAUCUGCCUUCUGCAGACAUUCUGUAUCUGUCUGACAGUGAUCUUCCUGCUCCAGCUGACUGCCGGGAUCCUGGGCUUCGUCUUCUCUGAUAAGGCUCGGGAUAGAGUGACUGUGAUGAUCAAUAAUGCCGUCGUCCACUACAGAGAUGACAUUGAUCUGCAAAACCUCAUUGACUAUGGUCAGAAAGAGUUUGGCUGCUGCGGUGGUGUGACGUACACUGACUGGUCGAACAACAUGUACUUCAACUGCAAGCCGGACAACCCCAGCACAGAGCGCUGCUCGGUCCCCUUCUCCUGCUGUAUCAUAUCCAAAGACGAGGACGUUAUCAACACCAUGUGUGGCAAGGGCAUGCAGGCUUUCGAGUACAGUGAAGCAGGAGAUCACAUCCACACCAACGGCUGCAUAGACAAGCUGGUGAACUGGAUCCACAGUAACCUGUUCCUACUGGGAGGCAUCGCCCUGGGACUGGCCAUACCACAGCUGGUCGGCAUCCUCCUGUCUCAGAUUUUGAUCAACCAGAUCAAAGAUCAGAUCGAGCUCCAGAACUACAACCAGAAGCACCGCUUCGACCCGUGGAGAUGACAGAGGCCGGAUCAGACCGGAUUCUGAUGACACAGUGACACCAGAAGAUGGGGGGAGGGGGGGACCACAAAUGCCUUAAAAACAUCUGUCACAUCUGCCUGGAUUGAGCAUUCAGUAUCAUUAAAAACACAAGACUAACGUCCAGCCGGAGUGGAGGUCAGUACACACAAAGGAACCAGAUGGAGAAACAGGACUCUGUCGCCACCUACUGGACAUAAACGGUGCUUGAAUUUACCAAACUUUAUACAGUAGUAGAGGCAGGGAGGGUAUUAGGUGGUCAGGGUCAUAUUGACUGACAACUGCAAUCAGUAUAAUCUGUUACAAGUCAUUUUUUUGUCAAAGACACCAAAUUGGAGCGAGAGUUUAUGCAAAUCUAUGUGUUUUUAUCAACUGUAACAAUGAUCCUGCAAAUGUUAACUAACUGAAAAAGGGAAUUGUGUUGUUUUUUUUAACAUAUAUUGAUUUUGUAGAUUUUUUUAAAGAAAUUAAAAAAUGUCAGACAGUAUAUCUUAUACAUGCUCCAAGUAUUAGCAAUGUGUACCUGAAAUUUGCACGUUUUUGUAGUUGAAAUACAUGCGUCAAAUAGAAAGGUACUUACAGUCUGGAAGAUAAAGCAUGCGAAAUGGACAAA